AAGAACUUUUAUGUUUUAUGGGCGCCCGCUACCACCAUAUCUGGUCACGUGAUUACAGGUGCCAUGAAGGGAAUGUGCGUCUUGCAGCAAUGGCGGCCGUAAUGACGACGGCGAAGUCCGUGAGGCGUUCUACGGGAGCGUUUUGCGCUUGCAUAGGAUGCACAAAUAGCUACAGAAAGAAAGCGGAAUGGCGUUCAAGUUCGUGUGAUAUCCACGAAGGUACGCUGCAUGCGGACUGUGCGUGCUUGGAGCCAUUUUCAUUGCACAAGUUCCCAAAGGACAAUGAGCAGAGGCAUAUGUGGCUCGCUGCAUUAAAACGGAAGGGCUACAUACCUGGCAAGUUUGCUGUGGUGUGCUCCAUCCAUUUCAAGGAUGGACGGCCAACGAAGGAUAACCCCUAUCCAACCCUAGCGCUUGGGCAUAACGAACAGGUUACGACAUGCCGCAAAGCGCCUCAAAAAAGUACAAAGCUUGAAAGGUCACUUCCCGAGCCAGUACAAGCAUUACCUUCAGAAGCCUCAGUGCCACAGAAGAUGGACAGAGAGGGCAUGGAUGACCAGCCUCAACCCAAACACUGUAAUUGUUGUCGAAGCAAGAAUAAUGUGGUGUACACUGAUGCUAGUUGUCAGUGGGACAGCAUUGACAGCAGCAUUGUUGAUCACAGCUACGCCAGGCCCAGCGAAGCAAAGUCAACAUCGGAUUUUUCAGUGCAGUGCAACAUGCCAACAUCUGAAAACAAAUGGGUGCCCAACUUGGUACAUAAUGAUGACAAGAACCUAACUCAAAAAUCACUUGGUGCGAUGUCUGGGACGGCCCACGUCAAAGAGGAACCCCGAGAUGACUCUCCAAAUGGCCAUCCCACCCUGGUGGUGAAAACAAAUCCUUACAACGCUACAAUUUCGGCAUGGCAGGACGAGACUGGAUACGGCUGCGACUCGUCGUCAGAAGUUUCAGGAGCAACAGCAAGCAGUGGUAUCCUUCAUAUUAAGGUCGAGCCCAAAGACAUGUGUGAUCCAGUGUCUUCUGGCAGCAACUCUUUGAAUGCAGGGUACAACAUCAACACAAGUCAACCCUCAUUCGACAGGGGAGUCCCAGCCUCUGUGAACAGUCGAUCCACAGAUUCCACCCCCAGAGAUGUCGCUCCAGACAAGUGCAAGACCCUGGGCAAAAGUGACCUAUCAACCUCUGACCACAAGAAAGACAAUGUUCGUUUGGCUACAUGCGUCGACAUUCGCCACUUAGAAGUCUGCCUCAGAACUAAGAAAGCAAACACAUUUACCUGUGAUUCUCCCAGUUCUUUCUCUCUGUCUGAGAAUACGAACAGUCACACACGAAAACACACUAACAAGAAGCCAUACAAAUGCGACCUCUGUUAUGCUAAAUUCAGCCACAGCAUACGCUUGCAGCAUCACAGGCGGGCACACACGGCUGAGAAGCCGUACAAGUGUAAUCUCUGUCCCGCGGCGUUCAGCCAGGGCACGGACCUGCGUCAUCACGUGCAGGCGCAUACGGGUCAGAAGCCGUACAAGUGCCAUCUUUGUUCUGCGGAGUUCGGUAACAGCAGGAACCUGCAGCGUCACAAGCAGAUACACACAGGUGAGAAGCCGCACAAGUGCCAUCUCUGUCCCGCAGAGUUCAACCACAGCACGCACCUGAAGUCUCACAUACGCGCUCACACUGGCGAGAAGCCGUACAAGUGCGAUCUCUGCCCCGCAGAGUUCAGCCGCAGCGUGAAUCUGCGGUGUCACAAGCACACACACACCGGCGAGAAACCGUACACAUGUGAUCUAUGCCCUGCAGAGUUCACCCACAGCAACAGCCUGCGGUACCAUAAGCAUGUACACACAGGCAAGAAGCCGUACAAUUGUGACCUCUGUCCCGCAGGGUUCGUAAAGAGCACAAACUUGUGGCGUCACAAGCAAACACACAUGGGGCAAAAAAACGUACAAGUGUGAUCUAUGUCCUGCAGAGUUCACCUUCUGCAACAGCCUGCUGUAUCGCAAGCAGGUGCACACAGGCAAGAAGCCAUACAAUAUAACCCCUGUCCUGCAGAGUUUGUCAAGACCACAAACUUCAGGCAUCAGAAGCAGACACACACUGGGCCAAAACCGUACAAGUGUGAUCUGUGUCCAGCAGAGUUCACCCACGGCAACAACCUGCGGUAUCACAGGCAGGUGCACACCGGCAGGAAGCCGUACAAGUGCGACUUCUGUCCUGCAGAGUUUGUCAAGACCACAAACUUGUGAUCUGUGUCCAGCAGAGUUCACCCACAGCGACAACCUGCGAUAUCACAGGCAGGUGCACAGCGGCAGGAAGCCGUACAAGUGCGACUUCUGUCCUGCAGAGUUUGUCAAGACCACAAACUUGUGACAUCACAAACAGACACACACUGGGGCAAAAACCAUACAAGUGUGAUCUGUGUCCAGCAGAGUUCACCCACGGCAACAACCUGCGGUAUCACAGGCAGGUGCACACCGGCAGGAAGCCAUACAAGUGCGACUUCUGUCCUGCAGAGUUUGUCAAGACCACAAACUUGUGACAUCACAAACAGACACACACUGGGGCAAAAACCAUACAAGUGUGAUCUGUGUCCAGCAGAGUUCACCCACGGCAACAACCUGCGGUAUCACAGGCAGGUGCACACCGGCAGGAAGCCGUACAAUUGCGACUUCUGUCCUGCGGAGUUCGUCAAGGCCACAAACUUGUGGCAUCACAAACAGACACACACAGGGGCAAAAACCGUACAAGUGUGAUCUAUGUCCUGCAGAGUUCACCCACAGCAACAACCUGCGGUAUCACAGGCAGGUGCACACCGGCAGGAAGCCGUACAAGUGCGACUUCUGUCCUGCAGAGUUUGUCAAGAUCACAAACUUGUGACAUCACAAACAGACACACACUGGGGCAAAAACCAUACAAGUGUGAUCUGUGUCCAGCAGAGUUCACCCACGGCAACAACCUGCGGUAUCACAGGUGCGGUCACACAGGUGCGGUGCACACCGGCAGGAAGCCGUACAAGUGCGACUUCUGUCCUGCAGAGUUUGUCAAGACCACAAACAAGUGGCAUCACAGGCAGGCACACAUGGCGCAAAAAACAAGUGUGAUCUAUGUCCUGCAGAGUUCACCCACAGCAACAGCCUGCAGUACCAUAAGCAUGUAUACACAGGCAAGAAGCCAUACAAGUGUGACCUCUGUCCCGCAGGGUUUGUAAAGAGCACAAACUUGUGGCAUCACAAGCAGACACACAUGGCGCAAAAAAAAACGUACAAGUGUGAUCUAUGUCCUGCAGAAUUCACUUUCAGCAAUAGCCUGCUGUAUCGCACGCAGGUGCACACAGGCAAGAAGCCGUACCAGUGUGACCUCUGUCCUGCAUAGUUCAUCAAGACCACAAACUUGUGGCGUCACAAGCAGGCAGACACAGGGCAAAAACCUGUACAAGUGUGAUCUAUGUCAUGCAGACUUCACCUACAUUAACAGCCUGCGGUAUCACAAGCAGGUGCACACAGGCAAGAAGCCGUACCAGUGUGACUUCUGUCCUGCAGAGUUCGUCAAGGCCACAAACUUGUGACAUCACAAACAGACACACACUGGGGCAAAAACCAUACAAGUGUGAUCUGUGUCCAGCAGAGUUCACCCACAGCAACAACCUGCGGUAUCACAAGCAGGUGCACACAGGCAAGAAGCCGUACCAGUGUGACUUCUAUCCUGCAGAGUUCGUCAAGGCCACAAACUUGUGACAUCACAAACAGACACACACUGGGGCAAAAACCAUACAAGUGUGAGCUGUGUCCAGCAGAGUUCACCCACAGCAACAACCUGCGGUAUCACAGGCAGGUGCACACCGGCAGGAGGCUGUACAAGUGAGACCUCUGUCCUGCAGAGUUUGUCAAGACCACAAACUUGUGACAUCACAAACAGACACACACUGGGGCAAAAACCAUACAAGUGUGAUCUGUGUCCAACAGAGUUCACCCACGGCAACAACCUGCGGUAUCACAGGUGCGGUGCACACCGGCAGGAAGCCGUACAAGUGUGACUUCUGUCCUGCAGAGUUUGUCAAGACCACAAACAAGUGGCAUCACCGGCAGGCACACAUGGCGCAAAAAACAAGUGUGAUCUAUGUCCUGCAGAGUUCACCCACAGCAACAGCCUGCAGUACCAUACGCAUGUAUACACAGGCAAGAAGCCAUACAAGUGUGACCUCUGUCCCGCAGGGUUCGUAAAGAGCACAAACUUGUGGCAUCACAAGCAGACACACAUGGUGCAAAAAAAAAAUGUACAAGUGUGA